AUGUCCACCGUUCCAAGUGUCCAAACUUUCGGUAAGAAGAAGACUGCUACUGCUGUCGCCCACGUCAAGGCCGGUAAGGGUUUGAUCAAAGUCAACGGUGCUCCAAUCACCUUGGUUGAACCGGAAAUCUUGAGAUUCAAGGUCUACGAACCUCUUCUAUUGGUUGGUUUGGACAAGUUCACCAACAUUGACAUCAGAGUUAGAGUCACUGGUGGUGGUCACGUCUCUCAGGUGUACGCUAUUAGACAGGCUAUUGCCAAGGGUCUAGUUGCCUACCAUCAAAAAUACGUCGACGAACAAUCCAAGAACGAACUUAAGAAGGCCUUCACCUCUUACGACAGAACUUUGUUGAUUGCUGACUCCAGAAGAUCCGAACCAAAGAAAUUCGGUGGUAAGGGUGCCCGUUCCAGAUUCCAAAAGUCUUACCGUUAA